ACUGCUACCAUUUGUAGCGGACAGCUUUAUAUAAAUCCCGUCGAGUUAAGGAUUUAAGCAUUUCGAGCGGAGCAGGUGCCACGAACAAUCGGAUUUAAUUGAGUCAAACUUUUGGAAAAGCACACCCAGCGAUGGGAGAGCGUGUUGAAAAGCGACAGAGAAAAAUGGGGGGAUGUGGAUUACAGCUCGUCAUACCAUUGGUCACAAUCCUCAUCCUGGCUGCGCAGGCGCAGGCUGUGACGUCAUCGCCCGUCCUGAAGGACGACACUUUGGGGGAUGCUGCUCCGACGGCAGCGCAUUCAGCAGCCAAAAUCCUUGAAGACGUCCAAACCAUCAGCGCAGUUCAGGAUUGGAGUUUGCUGUGUAAAGAGCUCUGCGGAGCUGGCCUGGGCGUUGCUUCAACGCCUGAUGUGGCCAAAAACACAAUCCUGAGACCGGAGACGGAUGUGGCCAAGUGCCGGCAACUGUGUGGACUGCCUAGGGCUAAAGCGGGCGACUUGGUCUGCUCGAGCUUUUGUGGUCAGAUGGGUCGCUCCCUGCCCGGAUGCAGUCCCUGCCAGCAGGAGGUGCGCAGGAUGAGGGUGAUGAAGGAGCGGAAGCAGGAGGAGGAGAAGCAGGAGGAGGUUCGAAAGGACGAGGAGAAGGCCAGUGGAGUGCUGGGCGAUCCAACACACGGUUCCAGAGCCGCGGAGAAUGCCGAACGGAGAGGAUCGGUCGAGGAAGCAACAGUGUCCGCAGCUACCGUGGCAGCCGCCUCGGAAACGGACACAACCACUCCGGCACCGGACUGGGACGAAGUGUGCAAGGUGCUCUGCAAGACUGGCGAUGGCGGGUCUUUGUGCAACUGUGAUUUAUCGCCGUUCUUCAGCUGAGCGAUCCCCACCUUCCUGAGGGGAUCGCUCCCGAUGGAGGCGCUAAAUCACAAAACCAUAUAUAUGGAUCGAGAAUUAUCUGAUUAUCUGAUGUUUUGUUGUUCUUCGUUUUUGAACUUCAGUUAGUGCUAUUGUUGUCAUGAAAAAGUAUCUCCCAUAUAUAAUCUAUAUCGGAAAACGUGUUACGAAAGUUUAGUUAAAUACUGUAAAGAGAUAAAAACAAAAACUAUAGAAAAAUCAAAAAAAAAAUCAAACAAUUCAAUAUAAAUAAUACAUAGAGAAGAAUAUACGAUGAGGAGGAGGAGCAAGCAAACAAAAAAAAUUCCCUAUGCGAAUCAAUUAAUUUGUAACUAAUUUCAAUUACAACUAACUAUAGAAAAGCUAUAGAGUAAGCAAGGGGGGGGACUUUACCCCCCACACUCGAGAAACAGCAGAAUCACGCAGGGCUUCCAGUGCGUCGCCUCGGAGGAUGAGGAUGCCCUCCCAAAAGGCAUCCGAAAUCCCCGGGACGGACACAACCCGUAUUUAGGUGAUUGGUCAAGGAAUUGGACUGAGGAGACACAAGAAGAGAUAUAUGAAGAUGAACAACCAAUUAAUAUCAAUGUACACAACAUAUCGUGCGGUAAACACUACCCAAAAUCAAAAAACAAAAAAAAAAACACCCAAUCACAUUUAUUUGGAAUACACCUUGGUUCGAUGGAAUCAGCAUAUCAAUUUACCACGAGGCAAAAACAAGUUGGUAUCUAAAGAAUUUCCUUUGUUUUGGCUUACAAGUUAUUGGCGAAUCUAAAGCAUUGAGAUAUUUCAAAUCAGCAUCAAUUAGGAGUGUCGCAAUUAGGCCAAAGUGCCAACCAAGAGUUUAGUGUUGGUUACGGCCCUUAAACGCAAAAGCAACAUUUAUAAAAUAUAUACUUGUACUUACUAACGAAUAACACAUGUAAUUGGUCUAUAUAUAUAUCCACAAAAUGAGUUGCGAUUGCAAAUCAGAAACUCAGACGGGCUAUACUGGAUCUACCAGACCCGUAUACAUCAUAUAUAUAUAUAUAUGAAUAUAUAUAUAUACAUAAAGCUGUAAACCAUAGUUACCAUAAUAUCUAGGUGUCAUAUUGUUCAGCAUAAAUAAUCGCAUAUGAUGUAUUGUAUGCAUAUUAUCUGUGUGUUUGGAAGACAUUUUUUCGCAUUGCAUUGAAAUGGAAGACAACUUAAAUCGCAUUCUGGAAGACAUGCGUUGCGGCAGCGCCAAAAAGAUCGGCCAGCUGCCAAAUAGUUUGUAAGAUAUUCUAUAUAAUAAUAAUAAUAAUGAGAUUUUCGAUUCGAGCUCGAAGAUAUAGUCAAUACAAGCACACGUUGUUGUGGCAAACGCGACGCUGUGACUGACAAUAAUUAACUAUAACUUAGCAGGAGAAGAGCAGGCAAGGAAGUUCGCAUACUCAGUGUCUAUAUAUCAGUACUAUUGCUAAUAUUAACCAUGCACUACUACUAAUCAAGGAAAAUGGAAAAUAAUUAAUAAAUAUUGUAUUGCACCAAAGUUAUAAGGCAAUUUUCAGAGCACAUUCAUUGAUAACCUAAUGCGGCUUCAGUAUGUAUAUCGAUGUGUAGCAAGUUAAUCACUCAGUAAUUAAUAUACGAAAUGCACUUUACAUUUAUGUAUAUGUAUAUGUGUUAGGCGUUGCGUUUCUGCCAUGAAUACAGCGACUAGCGAACCGAUCACACGGAUUAUGCCGGAAUAAUAUCCAUAAUUCAAUAAUAUAUAUAUACAUAUAUAUAUAUAUUUAUAACCAACAGACACAUCAUCAUCAUCAAUUACGAAUACCGAGUCGAAAACCGUUUCGAACCGAUUAUGCCGUUUCGCAGUUUCGUUUCUUUAGUUUUAUCCAAUGGCCAGGCAUUAUCUUAGUCGGUAAUGUCUGGGGCUAUGGUUAAAAUAACACAGAAAAAUAGAUUUAAAGGCAAUUUCACAACAGAUAACCAUAACAGCAACUACACAACCAAAUAAAGGCAAUUAUUAUCUUAUAUACGUUAAAUGUUGUAAAGCCCCUCUAAAC